GGCAUUGCUGCUCAGUCUGAAAACCAAAUUCGGGGAUUGCAAUGUGAAAGCAAGGUAUGCGUGGUAGCUAACCUGCUAGCUGCCCGGUACCGAUGCUGUAGCUAACUCGGGUUGUGUAUUAAAUUACUAAGAGCGCGUACGCUUCCAAAAAAUGCCGACUCCAAUUGAGUGGGGAUGAAUGUGGAGAGAAGCGUCUCCGUUGGCCCGGCGGUGCUACUGUUUUGUCCCGACGGUUUACUGGCCGCCUCCUGCAGCUAACUGGAAGUUUCUCAUCCGCCUGAGGAGGAGGAGAAGGAGAAGGAGGAGGUUUGGCUAAUUAGCAAGCUGCGCCAGGACAAGGCGGCUUGUCCAUGUCUUCCUCUCCACCUACUGCUAAAGGGACAUUUUGCAGUUCAUGUUUCGCCAGGAAGUCAGUGUGACGUCUUUCAUUCCGUCUUGUUCGUAUCUGUUCCACCACGACAAAAGGAACAUGUCCAGGUAUAACAUAUACAGCCUGUUAGACUGGGUGUACGGCGGGGUGGACCCGAAGUUUGAGGGCAACGGGGGCCCAGAGUGCGCCGCCUUCCUCGCGCCCCAGCAGCGCAUCAGCGAAAGUCUGGUGGUCCUGCUCGUCUCCAUCGUGGAGAUUGGCGUGGCCCUGAAGAAAAUAAACAUCUCCAAAGAGCUGAAAGUGGUGGGGAAAGAGUGCACAAGGGCGAAGGAGGAUAGUCUCGGCAAGAACCUGUUGCUCGUUGCACUGUGCAUGACGUUUGGGGUGGAGGUGGGGUUCAAAUUCGCCACCAAGACUGUCAUCUACUUGCUGAAUCCCUGCCACGUGGUGACCAUGAUUCAGAUCUUCCUGCUGGCCUGCCCGCCUGGUAAAACUGCAAUGGUUGUGUUCAGACUGCAGGUCCACAUGUUGAAUGGUGCUCUGCUGGCGUUAAUGUUCCCCGUGGUCAACACCAGACUGCUGCCCUUUGAGAAAGAGGUCUACUACAUCCAGCACUCCAUGCUCUACCUGGUGCCGCUUUACCUUUUCAGGAAAGGAGGUGUGUACAAACCUGAGCCCCUGGGGGACAUGUGGUGGGCGCUGCUCUCCACCGGCAUCCUCUUCCUGUAUCACUUUGUCUUCUUGCAAGUUCUUGGCCUGGCGACGGAGGUGAACCUCAACAACAUGCUGUGCCCGGCCGUAUCCGAUCCCUUUUACGGGCCCUGGUACCGUGUGUGGGCGGCGGGCCACCAGACCCUCCUGACGCUGGUCCACGGGAAGGUUCUGACUCUACUCUCGCAGCACACAGGGCCCGCGUGCCGAUACCUGCUGGAUACACUCCGACUGCGCAGCAAGAAAAUGGACUGAAGGACUCGCGCGGACCGGCCUUUCACUCUCAAUGCCUUUUUUUAUGUUGCUCUUAUGUGCCGUCUUUUUACCAUGGCUUUUAUUUACGCGAGUACGCCUCGUGAUCCUUGUGUUGUUUUUAAUAAUGGCUUCCAUGCACCACUUGCAUGCAUGCACGUGUGGAAGCACUUUAAGACUGGUUAUCUGCGGGAAAUCAUUUUUUAUGCUGCCUUUUUUUUCUAUGAAUAGUAUACAAAAAAUAGGAGUUGCCCAAAGUCCUCGACUGAUCUGCUGUUGUCACUCUUUUUUUUCUUUUAUUUUUUUAUGUGGUGACUAAGAUUGUACACUACUCGUAAAACAUUUGGGACAGGUUGUGCAUAAAGUGCAUCAGAGAUAUUUUAGAUGCAAACCAAUAUAAUAUGAUUUAUUUGCUGAUAUCGGAUCAGGAGACCGCUGUUUUGUUUAAUCACAAAAGGUCCUUGUUAUCAGCCUGUUAGCAUGCUAAUAUACUGUAUGUACACGGAGACGAAAGUCAGCCCUGUCGUCCGUCUGUAUCAUCAUCAGCGGUAGACUUGGUUCUUUACUGACAGUUACGUCACCGCACCUUUUUAUAGUUCUACAUGUAUACACACUUCUAAAUGCAUAAAAAUGAAGAGUGAAAAAGAUGAAUGAACAUUCAAGGUUGCUUUUACCUUUUGUGGAAGAUGAUGUUACUGUUGCUAAAGAUGCAAUGUGGCAGCAAGACAGACACGGAUCCCACCUUCCUGUUUUGCUGUGAGUUGUUUCUCCAAUUCAAUCGUGUCCUCACCUUCUUUGGCUCCUUUUUGGAUUAUAGCCUAUAAUAAUAAUAAAAGCAGAGACCUGAGGAGAGAAAAAAGACAAAACUAAAGGCAAAACAGGAAGUUGGUUCUUUGUCAACAAUGAAGUAAAAGUGACUAGAAAUGUUUAAUCGAUCCCUUUCAUUCGUCAGUUAUGUGUAUUUACAAUAUUUUUUUUUGCAAGGAAAACUAUAAAAAUGUUCAUAUUUUUGGCUUUCUGGAAUGGAUUAGUUGGAUUUAUAGUCCAUUAUUGCUCCCUCGCUAUAUCACGUUUUUCAGAAAUGAUUUAAUAAAUCAGCAUUGUUUGCUGGUAGACUAUGGUCUAUUAGUCAAAAUACAGUAGAUUGAAAUACAAGUGGUAUGUAGUAGUCCGGUGACUAGGCGGCAGUAAUAACAAAACAUUGAAGGCAGCCAUGGCAUUUUCGACAUGGUAGUGUGGGGAAAGAAAUACUGGCUAGUUAUUGGCUUCUUGGGUUUAAAAGAAAUACAUUUGAGGCGAACUUGCAGUCUGGAAUCCCUGCAGCAAAACUGUUGUAAACAAUGAAUAAUAAUAAUGAGUGUAAAGGAGGCGAAAGGGCUCUAAUGUUGAAAAACACUUUGAUAGUCCAACUGGUUUUCUCUGCUCUCACUAUGAAAAUAUACCGUUUAUUAACAUUGAAUCCUUUUGGUCUGGAACUAAUGAACCGCUAUGAACAAGGGACAACUGUGUGUUUUCUGAUGGGAAAAAUGGAUUUGAUUAGAGUAGGUUUUGGUUCGAUGCUAUCCAGGGUUCCAUGGUAUCUCUGCCUUUUUGUGAGUAGUGUAUGUUUAGGAGCGUAACUGUCUUAACUUUGUUUUGACUUUUUUUUUUUGCUGUCAAUUGUAAAUGUGAAUUUGGUUAAAGUUGGAGGUGUGCUGUCCAAAAUCAGCAUGUCUGAUAGAAAUGUGGGAUUCUAUUAUUUUUAUUAUACACGCGCACACACACAGAAGGGAAAAAACAUUUGUUCCUGCCUCAGCUUCCAGCCAUUCAUUCCAUUCCAGUAGUGAGGGUCUGGGGGAUGCUAAGCGUGUAUUACUGCAAUCUGUUCUCACAAAAAUGUAGUACAAAAAGUGUACCCCCCCUCCAUGUUAUUUUUGUACGAGCACCUACUAUUUUCUUGUGCAAACAGGGUCGCCCUGGAGCUGAAUGAAGAUCACACUGGGACAAAGACGUGUAAUAUUUGGACAGUGUUUGCCAGUAGAGGAGAGCUGCAUUCAUUAUAAAACUUGAACUUGUUGAUCAUCACAAAAAAAGUCACUCUGCAGCCACAAACCCCCACCCCGUUCUUAGCAUGAGGUCACUUUGGGUCAUUUAUUGACUGCAUCUUAGAAACAAAGUGUUCAUAUAUUCCAAAUGUUGGUCUUGUUACAUGGGUGGGGUUGUCAUUGUAGCAUAUUAUACAUAUAGUACAUACUGUAUUCAACGUAAAAGGAUGCUUUUUCUACUCUCAAGGGAUUAUAUGUAGGUUAAUUAAAGUUAUUUCUGUUCACCCGA